CCGGCCCCGCCCGCCGCCGCCACGCUCAACAUGGCCGCCGCGCUGGGAAGGCUCCUUCGGGCCGCCGUGCCCGCCGCCGCUGCCGGGAGGAGGCUGACGGCGCAGCCCCUGCCCUGCGCCCGCCGCCAGCUCAGCCUCGGCUCCUCGCGGUUUGCGCCAGCAGUUACACAACACGCCCCCUUUUUUAAGGGAACGGCCGUGGUUAACGGAGAGUUCAAGGAGCUGAGCCUGGAUGACUUCAAGGGGAAAUACCUGGUUCUCUUCUUCUAUCCCCUGGACUUCACCUUUGUCUGCCCCACAGAAAUUGUGGCUUUCAGCAACAAAGCAAAUGAAUUUCGUGACGUGAACUGUGACGUGGUGGCAGUUUCUGUGGAUUCUCAUUUUUGUCAUCUGGCCUGGAUAAACACACCACGAAAGAGCGGCGGUUUGGGCAAGAUGAAUAUUCCAGUUCUGUCAGACCUCACCAAGCAGAUCUCCCGGGACUAUGGGGUGCUGCUUGAAGGACCUGGCAUAGCACUAAGAGGUCUCUUCAUCAUUGAUCCAAACGGCAUCAUCAAGCAUCUGAGUAUCAACGAUCUCCCAGUUGGCCGCAGCGUGGAAGAGACGCUGCGCUUAGUGAAAGCAUUCCAGUAUGUGGAAACCCACGGCGAGGUUUGCCCGGCCAACUGGACUCCAGACUCCCCUACAAUCAAACCAACCCCAGAAGCUUCUAAAGAAUAUUUUGAGAAAGUGCAUAAAUAAAUCAAAUGUGUGGACAAAACUCUUAGGUACCAGAAACUGAAGACAUUAGGAAAGAAGCUGUGAUUGUAUAUUAAAACAAAAAUAAAUAAAAGAAAAUCAAGGUUCUCA